AUGAAUCGCCAAUUAACUAUCGUCUCUCUUUUACUUCUCUUUUUUUCUUCUGCUGCCCUUGCCGCCAGCUCUUGCGUCGCAUUUGACAUCUCUUGGAACCUGCUCGCCUUUGGGCUCGAUGGGAAGGACUACAAUGCUGGCACGAAGGAUUCGUGGGCGUCUGGUAGCGCAAAAAACAUUACGACGUCUGGUCGGCCACCGUUUGAUGGCACCAACACGACUUGCUACCUGUCCCAGUUCUACAACGCCAUUUACGUAUUAAAUGCUGACUCUUCUAACCCUUCAAAUAUCUACAUUUAUAACGCCGCGAGUAGCUCCUGGUCCACCCAAACUGUGACUACCGGCAACUUCGAUGUCUCAGAUUUUGUCGCUAUUCUUGACCAUGACACCAACAUCUUCUAUGCACUUUCCAAAGGAGAGCUCUACUCAUUGGAUAUGGGAUCCCUGACCGCCGCCAAUUCUACAUCGCUCUCCUGGAAUGACAUCGAAGCCCCUAGCUUCACUACAACUGGUUACAAUCCUGUCAUGGCCCUCGCCCAAAACCACAUACACUUUUUGGACGUCCCAGGAAACGCCGCUGGAACGGCAAACAUUUUUGUCAUUCACUAUUCGUACUUUCAGCCAGAGGUUCAAUCAUACGGCAACAACAGCUUCCCUGCAUCGCAUGGACAGGCGACCUCGUUCUUUAUGGACUCGGGCGUCCAAGAAGACUUCGCUUUCAUCCCCGAUGACGGGUCGGCAACAUAUGUUGUUAGUGUCGAGACGAACACGACGCAGACCCUCGCCGGACCUUCCACUAAGGAUUCAGGCGCAACAUACUUUGCCUCUACAGAUUCUCUUGUUCAGCUAACUUCCGAUGGCGCUGUCUCUUACAUCUCCUACAGCAACUCGUCAACGGAAGCCAACACGGCUGCAACCUGGAGUACUGUCGCGAACCUUGCAUCCGUAGCUCCUGCAUCCUCCUCUGCAGCGUCGUCAACCACCUCCAAAACGGGAACCAGCUCGGCCAAGGGUGCAGCAUCCACUAGCACAGGUACUGGCAGCAGCAGUAAUGGUGCCGAGAGUGCCGGUGUUGCGAUAGUGAGCUUGGGAGUGACACUGAUGGCUGGCAGCAUUGGAAUGUUGCUUCUCUAG